UUUUGUAGUCUUGCAGCUCUCCUACUUGUAACUGCCCCGGCAUAUCAAGAUUGCUUCCGUGGAAACAAGACUUUUGUCUCUUGCAAUAGCAACAACCUUUUCUAGAUCAUAGCCAUUUCCUUCCCUUGGAUUCUCUUUUCAAUCUUUGAAGAAUCUUGUCCAGUAUUCUCAAAAAAAAAAAAUUAUUUUUUAAUUUUUUUUCCCAUUGAUUAGCUGAGCGAUGGCGAAGACAGGAAACAAAAUUUUACAAGCAAAACUGGUACUUCUUGGGGACAUGGGAACAGGGAAAACAAGUUUGGUUCUUAGAUUUGUGAAAGGCCAAUUUUCUGAGUACCAGGAAUCAACAAUUGGAGCUGCAUUCUUCACUCAAGUCUUGUCAUUAAAUGAAGCAACAGUUAAAUUUGAUAUAUGGGAUACAGCAGGACAAGAGCGAUACCACAGUUUGGCUCCUAUGUAUUAUCGAGGUGCUGCUGCUGCUAUAGUGGUCUAUGACAUCACAAGCGUGGAUUCUUUUGUGCGAGCAAAGAAGUGGGUUCGAGAAGUGCAAAGACAAGCAAACCCAAGUUUGACAAUGUUUUUGGUGGCUAACAAGGCUGAUUUGGAAGACAAGAGAGAAGUGGGAAAUGAGGAAGGUGAGCAAUACGCCAAAGAAAACGGCUUGUCUUUUCUUGAAACUUCAGCAAAAACAGCUCUGAAUGUCAAUGAGCUCUUCUAUGAAAUAGCUAAGAGAUUGGCAAAAGCUAACCCUUCACGUCAAACUGGAAUCAAGCUUCAUAACAGACCUCAAGAUAGUAGAAGAAGAUUAUAUUGUUGCACUUAAUGAAUCAAUUAAUUUUGGGCUUGGAGCAAUGGUAAGAUUGUUCUUUGUGAUGGGGAAGGUAACGGAUUUGAAUAUGGAAAAGUUGGGUAGUAUUGUGCACCCGAAUCUAUCCUUUAUAUCUGUUAUAUGUUCUACAGAUAAACCUGGAAACAUAAUUCAAUGGCCUCUGCUCAUUAAGGAAUCACAUACACAUAAUGGAAGUGAAAGUUUAUAGUUGUACUGUUGCAGUGAUGGCCCAAUAUCACUCAAUCCUCUCAUGAGUUGACCUGCUCCUAAUUGACCUUUGGGUUUCUUUAUGUGUUCAGACAAGUUUGUCCAAUGUAAUCUUUCUAUUUUAUUUACAACAUUAUUAUUUAUUUUUUCUUUUGUUGAAUAUUAUUUAUUUUUUCUUUUGUUGAAUAUUUUCAGAUGUUUUGUGUCCA